GGUGCGGGCCGCGCCGCGCUGCCAGCCGCCCCGCCCGGGGCGGUCGCGGCUCAUUCGGAGAAUGGCCGCGGCCACGGCGUGCGGCUCCCCGCCUCCCCGCCCGCCCCGCGAGCAGCCGCCGCCGCCGCGGAAGCGGGGCGACUCCCGGCGGCGGCAGGCCGCCCUCUUCUUCCUCAACAACAUCUCUCUGGACGGCCGCCCGCCCUGCCCGCCCGCCGAGAAACCGCCGCCCGCCGGCCCGGGCGAGGGGGAUGAGGCGGCGGCGGCGGCGGCGGAGCCGGCCGGAGCCCCACCGCGCCUGCUGCCCCCGCCGCCCGCCAGCCAGCCGACGCCCGCCCUGCUGCUGCCCGGCGCCCCCCCCCUCGCCGCCGGAGCCAAGGGGGAGGCGGAUCCCCCCCGCGGGGGCAUCUUCCUGCCGCAGCUGCUGCUGGGCGGCCCGCUCUGCCCGCCGCCCCCGGCGCCGCCCGCCCUCCCGGGGAUGCUGGCGGCCGCCAAACCGGGCGCCCCGGGGCUGCUGAGCCCCACGCAGAGCGCGGCGGGCGGCGGCUUCGCGCUGGAGGCGCAGCGGCAGAGAAGGCGUUUUAUCUCCCAGCGCUGCUCUCUAGACUUUUUAGAAGACAUAGUGGAAUAUGCCAGUGUACGAAGAACCAAGCAUAUAUCUGGGUCUCCAAGACACAAAAGUUUGAAGAAGAUGCACUUCAUCAAGAACAUGAGGCAGUAUGACACCAAGAACAGCAGGAUAGUGUUAAUCUGUGCUAAACGAACGCUGUGUGUGGCUUUUUCUAUCCUACCUUAUGGGGAGAGUUUACGGAUCAGUGAUCUAAAAAUGGAAGGACAGAAGCAACGGCAUCCUUCUGGGGGAGUUUCAGUCUCCACCGAGAUGGUGCUUGGACUGGAAGGCGUAGAGCUGGGUGCUGAUGGCAAGGUUGUGUCCUAUGCAAAGUUCUUGUAUCCAACCAAUGCCCUAGUUGUUCGUAAAGCCGACAGCCACAGUGCUGUUCCCUCGUGUCGAGCUAAUGCUUCAAGAAGUCUUCCUGGAUCAAGAUACAAACCUGUGACAACAAAAACAAUACCAGCAGGAACAGACAUCGGAAGUGAAGCUGGGGAAGCUGCAGAGUAUGAUCCAAAUCUUCUGGAUGAUCCUCAAUGGCCCUGUGGAAAACACAAACGUGUUCUCAUCUUUGCCUCUUACAUGACUACAGUCAUAGAAUAUGUGAAACCCUCGGACCUUAAAAAAGAUAUGAAUGAAACCUUUAGAGAGAAGUUUCCUCAUAUCAAGUUGACACUGAGCAAAAUUAGGAGUUUAAAGAGGGAGAUGCGGAACCUGAGUGAAGAGUGCAAUCUGGAGCCGGUUACUGUCUCCAUGGCUUAUGUUUACUUUGAGAAGCUCGUCCUCCAAGGCAAACUCAACAAACAGAACCGCAAACUGUGUGCUGGCGCUUGUGUUUUGCUUGCAGCCAAGAUCAGCAGUGAUCUCAGGAAACAUGAAGUUAAACACCUUAUAGACAAACUAGAAGAGAGAUUCAGAUUCAACAGAAGAGAUCUCAUUGGUUUUGAAUUCACAGUCCUUGUAGCUCUGGAACUGGCUCUCUAUCUUCCUGAAAACCAAGUUUUACCUCAUUACAGACGGCUCACACAACAGUCUUAACCAAAGCUACGUGCCAGUGGCGCUGGGGAUCGCAGCACUGAACGUUGCUGGUGAAGUUGCCGCUGGCCUUCCUGUGCCGCUGUGUGCAUCCUGGCACAGCUACAGCUAGUUUUGAAGUCUGCAGUGUGUUAUUAAACUGUCGAGGUGUGCAUUAUGGACACGUAUGCCAAGUCUGGGGGAUGGUACGAGAAGAGCUAUUGAACUUUAUUUUCUUUUGGACAUUUAAAGCACAAAUGUUCACCAGUCAGCUGUCAUGGCUGCUUAUUAUUCCUUAUUUAUCCUUUCAGUUGUACUAAAACUGUUCUUCCCUGUGAAGAAUACUAUGGUAUUAUUUCUUUUCGUUUGUUUUUUUUAAGCCUUUAUUGUAUUCCUUGAAACUAAAGGAAGCAUCGCUUCCAUUCCAGUGCACCAUAAAGUUCAGAUGUUUCCAAGAAUCUCCUUGCAUUUUUACAUUAAUGAAAUGCAUACUUUAUUUUUUUAAAGAUGUGCCUGAAACUGGCUGGUCUGGUACCAGUGCUUUUUAAGUUAGUUAUGUUAUUUAGUGGGGAAUCCUGAAUUUGUAUAGGCAUUUAUUCUUUACCUGCAUUGGCCUUGCAUAUAAGGAAAACAAUUCCAGUAUAUCUGCACUAAUGAUACACAGGGCAUCUAUUCUCUACUAUACUAUAGAUCUGUAAGUAGCAAGAUUGAAAUUACUCCGUUCCAAUUUAGUUAACCAUUAAUACCUUAGAAAUAUAUGUUUUAUUUAAAAAGGAAAGAUUGUUUCAAAAUCUGUCAUGAAAUACUACGUGUUGAACCAGGUAGCUGCAGCAAAGCAAUUGCAAUCCUAAUUCACUCUUCAAUGGAAGGUGAGCACUUGACUAAGAGCAAUUUGCUGUCAAAUGUAUCAUUUAUGAUUUUUAGUUGGUUUGGUGUUCCAUAGUCUGAAAUAAGCACCUUUUUAGUAUGACUGUAUUAUAUAUGGUCUUACGUGCUCUGAGCAGAUACUUAAGUCAGUAGAGCUUCUGCUGCCCAACUAAGCCAAUGAAACAAAACAUGCUCAAUAUUUAAAAUGCUACUUUUUUACUCAGUUCUUCCAAGCAUUGCAUCACUGUGAUGGUCCUCAUAAAACUGGUAUCUGUUGCACACCUGAACAGCCACUUAAUGGCUGGUGCCCAGCAGCACUCCCAGGCUUAUGCAGAGGUCAAGUAACUUUCUGACCACUGGCUAUUCCUUAACUUAUUUUUAAAACAUCUGGGUUGGGAAUGAACUCUGAUUAUAUGUGGAACCUUUUGUGAUAUUGGCUCUUGGGUUUAUUUUCUGAAGCAAUAUUAUGAUACAAGUAACUGUGUCCGCUUGCAAGGAACAAAACUGACGCUUGGCUAUUAUGACUGAGAAAUUUGUAAUUUAAGUUUGACUCCUAAAUGAAAUACUGGGCCUCGUACUGAGGUAAGGGACCUGCUAUCUAAUAUGUAAAGUAAUGUAAAUUCCUGUUCCUUGUCUUAAAUGUUGGUUGUAGGCAAAACCAAAGCUGAGUGUUUGUUCUUCAGCUGUGUUUUGUCUGAAGCUAAUCUGGCUUCAUUAGAAUUGCAGCAAACUUUACUGGAGCCCCUUCCUCUUUAAGUAGGGCUCAAAAUGUAUUUUUCAUAUAUAAUAAUUACAGUGACUAUCAAAUCUUUUGUAACUGUGUUCAACGGUAUGUAGCUUCAAGUUAUGUGUGUAAAAUUUAAUCUGCUUGUGACUUCUCCCUAACACAGAAGGACUUUCCAGUCUCCAUAAGUGAGAUGGGUAGCUAGUAAGUUAGACGAUAAGCUUGCCAGUUAUCUUCCAAACGAUUUUAAAAAAUUGCCUACUAGUUAAACUUUCUACUGAAUAUAUGCAUGCAAGAAAUAGUGAUGUACUAAACAUCUAGUGUAUAACGAGCCUUCAAAUUAGCAAACAGUGGUCGAAGACAACUGAAGUACUCUGCUACUUCCCAAAGUUAUUGGAGGAAAGAGGUAGAACUGAGCAAAGAGAUGUCUUAGUAUCUCCAGAAAUGGUAGAACACUUCAGUUAGUAUGAAUGAAGACAGAAAAUGUCUUUCUCUGGAAACUUCUUUCUGUUUAGUGUAUAAAGUUUUCUGUAACAAAAUUAACUUUCCUUUCUCACCAUCUAAGAAAAAACGGCACUUCAGUUUGCAACACUUUGCGUUCUCUAUUCAGUGGAAGUUUGUCUAGUUGCAGUGGGCAUUUGAGCUGGAGUUACACUCCCAGAAGCUAUGGUUUCACGUCAUAAAAAGGCAAGCUUUUGGUUUUUCUUUCAGAAGAACAAAUUAGGGUAAGGAGCAUUAAAUUACAGAAUGCUGAAUGUUGUCUAAAGGUUACUCUAAACGUUGGCUUGGGCACACAUGCAGUGUUCCUGAGCUCAAAAGCUGUUUGGAGCACAUGCUAAAAAUGAUGCGGUGGAGCAAAUGCUGCUCUGAUGUCUCUGGUAGAGCAUGGGUUUGGGGCUGAUGCCAUCCAGAGGGGGUAGCCUGCAGCUUGUCCAUCGCUACCUCUGUCAUGGUAUCUGUGCAGAAACAGUCCUUCUGCAGAGAUAUGGUAACUUGUGUCUGUAUCUGUGAUUUUUUUUUUUUCUCCUGUUUCUAGUGUAGCUUGCAGUCCUGUGUGGGAAUAUUUAUCUUUUCAUCUAAAAGCUGCCACCAUGUGGCAAAGGACUAUUACUACAUUACCGAGUAAUAAACUGAAAGUGGGACCUGAAAUAAUACAUGGAUCUGCAGCUUUACGUUUUUACAGCCCAACUCCUCUUGCUUUGCAGGGAAGCACUGGUUUAUGCUGAGGGGUGGCCUAGUGCUGUGUGCUGUGUAAAGACGCUGCUGGGUUGACUCAGCAGGGAGAACUCUUCUUGAUAAGAGGCUGUACAUUUUUAUGUAAAAAAUGUUAUGGUUUUGUCUUACUCCAUUAUUUAAAAGUCUGAGUUGUAGCUUGUUCUGUAUUUCUUUCCCCCAUGACCUUGUGACAUUAAGAUGCUGUGAAAUAAACCAGUUUUUGAUACA